UCUUACCUUCUUUCCAUAUCACCACCCCUUGAACCAAAAUGAAGCUCUUGCAAUAGCUUUCAUUAAUAAUAAUCAUUAUGUAGUACUAGUAUUGAGGCCUGAUACACCUGUUUUACUAAUUGUUAAUCGAUGGUCACAAUAG